AUGAUCCUCUCCACGAUCACAGCUUUCCUCUUCUUCUUCUUCCUCCUCCUCCUACAAACCACCGCCCAAUCAGCCCCAAACACAACCUACACCUACAUCGUAAUCGGCUCUGGCCCAGGCGGCGGCCCCCUAGCAUGCAACCUCGCCCGCGCAGGCCACCCAACCCUCCUCCUCGAAGCAGGCGACGACGAGCGUGACGACAUUCGAACCGUGAUCGCCAACGGCGGGAACUUCAUCACCCCGACAAACAGCUGGUCUUUCUUCGUGCGGCAUCAUCCCGAUGAAGAGGUCGAGCUGCGGAAUAACCACCUGACGUGGCGGCUGCCCUCCCAGAAUGGAACUGGUGUUGGUCCGUACUGGGUCGGCAACGCGGCGAGAGCGCCUGAGGGGGCAGAGUUGUUGGGUGUUUGGUAUCCGCGUGGUGCGACGGUGGGAGGGUCGAGUGUGACGAAUGCGAUGGCGACGUGGUUGCCGAAUGAUUCGGAUUGGGAUUUUGUGCAGAAUGUCAUGGGGGAUGCUUCGUGGAACCACAAGAACAUUCGGCAAAUCUUUGAGCGGAUCGAGAAGAACAAUUAUCUGCCGGAAGGCACACCAGCUCACGGAUUCGACGGCUAUUUUAACACGAAUCUCGGCAAUGGGUCGCAGUAUCUCAAUAACCCUGGUUUGAUGGACAUUCUCAAGUCACACUUGCGGUCCAUUGGGAAAGAUCCAGAGAAGCUCAUCGAGAUGGUGGGCAGCGACGGGAACUUCCUCAGUGAGGAUAGAGACACGACUGAGGGCAUGUGGGGGCUGUCGUUCCAUGCGACGGACAAUUGGGAGCGGUACAGCUCUCGCACGUACAUCUACGAGACACUGGCAGCCAAGAACGCCGAUGGCUCUCCAAAGUGGCCUCUGACUUUGUCGACAAAUUCUCUGGCCACGAAGGUCCUGUUUGAAGGGGCAAACGGCGGAAAGCCCAGGGCCGUGGGCGUUGGGUGCUUGGCGGGCAAUUCCACCUACGACGCUGAUGUGCGACAUAAUGCGUCGACGGCAGGCGAGACACGGCGAGCAAUGGCAUCUGGCGAAGUCAUCGUCUCAGGCGGUGCCUUCAACUCGCCGCAACUACUACAGCUUAGCGGUAUCGGGAACAAACCAGACCUUGAAGCACUCGGCAUCGAGGUCGUGGCAGACUUGCCAGGCGUGGGUCGGAACCUCCAAGACAAUCAAGAAUUCCUAGUCGUGGGACACGCUCAGCUCAAUCUGACAGCUACUCCAAACCCCAACGAGCCGAUCUGCGCAAAGGGAACGCCCGGAGACCCGUGCGAAGAGCUGUGGCGGCAGGGAAAGGGCCCGUACAUGCGGCCUGGAUACAACUCGAACGCGUUGCUUCUCAAAUCUAACUUUUCACUGACCGGAGAGCGAGAUGUCUUCGUGUUCAGCUGGCCAAGGGCGUUCCGCGGGUUCUGGCCCGAGCUCCUCGAUCCACCGAAUACCAUCGGCUUUUCGACUGUCAAGAUGCACCCGCAGAACACGGCCGGGUACAUCAAGCUCCGUUCCGCGGACCCGACGGACCCACCGCAGAUCAACUUUGAGCUAUACAAGGAAGGUGCCGAGACGGACCUAGAAGCGAUAACGGAGGUGGUGGCGUGGGGCCGACGAAGCAUGAGCGGCGUCCAAGGACCGUGGGGUCCGGUGGAGCCGGCCGAACCUCCAUGCUCGCGAGUUGAAAGUGACGGCCGGUGUGGUGACGCGGACGCGGAGUCGGAUAAGGAUUGGAUCCGGGAGCAGACUUUUGGACAUCAUCCUACGGGGACGUGCAAGAUGGGUGCGGCUGAUGAUGGUAUGGCGGUGGUGGAUUCCGAGUUUCGUGUGUUUGGUGUGGACGGGCUGAGGGUCGUCGACGCCAGCGUGUUCCCGCGGGCUCCCGGAGCAUUUCCUGCCGUGGCGACCUUUAUCAUUAGCCAAAAGGUGUCGGAUGUGAUGCUAGAAGGUGUAGCAACAUCGGAGUCGUGA